GUGGCGGUCUUCGACGCGACCAACACCACCAGGGACAGACGUAGGAUGAUUCACCAAAUUGUGGAGAAACAACUCACUUGUAAACUCUUCUUUAUUGAGAGUAUCUGUGACGACGCUCAACUUGUUGAAGCCAACAUCAAGGAAGUGAAGGUAAAUGGUCCAGACUACAAAGGAGUUAAGCCAGAAAAAGCUCUGGCUGAUUUUCUGCAGAGGAUCGAACACUACAAGCGCAUCUACGAGCCCCUGGACGAAGAGAAAGAGAAAUAUCUCUCGUAUAUGAAGAUAUACAAUACAGGAGAGAAGGUGCUGGUGCACAAGCACAAAGGACAUGUACAAGCCAAGAUCGUGUACUACCUCAUGCACAUACACAUCAGCAAACGCAGCAUCUACUUCUCCAGG